CCACUCGCCCAGCUGCACUAGCCGGCCUCUCCGUCGCUCGCCCACCUCCCCCCUCUCCCCGUAGCUCGCCGGCCUCCUCGUUGCUUGCCGGCCUCCCCGUCUCCCCGUAGCUCACCGGCCUCUCCCUCUUCCACCGCCACUUCUCCACCACCCCGCCUCCACUCACACCCCGGAGGUAAACAAAUUCCAAUCUUUUGCGCCGGCGACGAGCUUCUACUCCACGGAGGCGUGGAUGUGGAUGUGCUAGCGCUGGAUCUGGGCGACAGAGGCGUGGAUGUGGAUGUGCUAGCGCUGGAUAUGGGCGACAGAGGCGUGGAUGUGGAGCGGCACCCGAGCGGCGGGUCUGGAGCGACGUCGUCGUCCUCGCGGUGCCCUGCCCCGCCAUGCCACGUCGUCGUCGUCGCGGAGUAGCUGCUUCCUCCCGUUUGAAAAUGGAGAACGAGAGGGAGGGGCAGAUGAUGGCCGCCAUCAUGGAUUUGAAUCUUCUCUUCUUACGUUGCUGUAGUACUGGCUGCAGUCUUGCUGUACAAUCACUUGAGGAAUUCAAGGCCUGAUGAGUCCUUCUGGGAGCCAUGGCUACUUCUUCCCAGGCCCUGCGUCAGGAGAAGGAGCACGCCCAGGAGAAGAAGGAUCGGGAGAAGGCCCUGAGGACCUGGGAUCGCUGCUGCUAGAUCUGGAUCUGGGACCUGGGACUGCUGCUGCCGCGUGCUCCUUCUGGGAGACGAGGACCCUCCUUGGAUCGCUGCUGCUGGAGACGAGGACCUGGGCCUGGGAGCGCUGAGGAGAAGUAGGGGACCUGGGCCUGGGAGCGCCUGGGACCUGGACGCGUGGAGGAGAAGCAGGGGCGGGCGGGCGGACGAUGGCCUGGCGGAGAAUUUCAAAUCCUCGGAUGGAGGAAGAAGACGAUGGGGAUACCGAUUCAUACUAGGGGCAGCGAUGUUACCGUAGCGCAAGCCCAGGCAGCAAUCCGGCUGAGCUCACCCGCCCACAUCACCAGGGGUUGUCCGGCUGCCGCCGCGCGUCGCCGGUCGUGUCACUGCCGCCGCUUCUGCUGCUUAUGAGAGCCCUCACUGCCGCCACAAUCUCCUCCCCGAUACGCGCCCUCCUCCUCCUCCACCCCUCCUUCCCCUCAACCCUCUGCCUCCCUCUCACCAUGAACCCCUCCUCCUCCUCCUCCUCUGGCUACCGCUCCAAUGCUGCCGCCUUCGCCUCCACGCACCAGCCGCGCGGUGGACAUGGCGGUGGCAGGCGACCGGGUGGACGUGGCGGCGGCGGUGGCGGAGGCAACGGCGGAAACCGCAUCGAUGCCCUCGGCCGCCUCCUGACGAGGGUCUUGCGGCACAUGGCGCCGGAGCUGAGGCUGAACAUGAGGAGCGACGGGUAUGUGCGGGUCCGCGACCUGCUCCGCCUCAACCUGGAGACCUUCGCCAAGGUUCCGCUCAACUCCCACACGGUGGAUGAAAUCAGGGAGGCAGUCAGGCGAGACAACAAGCAGAGGUUUGGUCUGUUGGAGGAGGAUGGCGAGCUGCUGAUUCGAGCUAACCAGGGGCACACUGUGACAACUGUUACAUCAGAGAGCUUGUUGAAACCAAUUCUAUCGGCUGAUGAAGUCUCAGUCUGUGUCCAUGGAACUUACAGGAAAAAUGUUGAUUCAAUAUUGAAACAUGGGCUUAAACGUAUGGCAAGGCUACAUGUACAUUUCUCAAGUGGUUUACCAUCAGAUGGAGGAGUUAUUAGUGGGACUAACGGUUUGCCUUCUUCAGGUAUGCGGAGUGGCGCAAACAUAUUGAUAUAUUUGAAUGUCAGAAAGGCACUGCAAGACGGGAUGAAGCUAUACAUCUCAGACAACAAGGUGAUCCUGACGGAGGGCUUCGACGGCGUUGUCCCCAUCAAGUACUUCGAGAAGAUCGAGACAUGGCCAGGACGUGCACCGAUACCGUUCCAGAGGUAGAAGAGGCCUUGCCGUAGCACUGGAGUCCUGCACGGCCUCUCGCUCAGCGAAAACUUGGGAUGAAUGCGCUGCACGACAAGAGUUUCAUCAUGUAAUCAUUGUGCUGCUGCUGUGGACUUUUUACUGGUUGUGCAGAACCUGUGUAUGGUUAUGAUGACCAGAUGUUAUGGAAUAGCAAAUUUGGUUUA